AUGUCGUCAGUUCAGGCCAAUGCCAUUCGCGACUUUAUUGCUUACGACAGCAGCAUAUUUAAUGAAACCUUGAGGACUAGAAAGUAUGCCAAGUUGAAUUUCACGGCAAAAGACUCGUAUUACGAUAUCGUCAAAUCGCUCGAACUUUGGAUACAAGAUAGAGCAUUUCACAGGUUAGAGGAAACCAACACUAGGGACACAUUCGAAGCAUCUGUGACUGAAGUCAACGCAUUUUACGACAGCAAUCAGAACCAGAUAGCAUUGAUGGCUGGCAUGCUACAGUCUCCAUUUUUCAAUGCUUCACUGCCCAGGAUAAUGAACUAUGGUGCUAUCGGAGUUGUUGCUGGACAUGAGAUCACUCAUGGAUUCGAUGAUGCCGGAGCAUCGUAUGACGAAGUUGGCAAUAGGAAUAAUUGGUGGGAUGCAGAUACUUAUAGAAACUUUGAAUGGAAAAAGACAUGCUUUGAUGAACAAUAUGGAAGUAUAGCUGUAGAGGAUUUACAUGUCAUGGUAUGUUUUUACCUUCCUCUCCAAUUUGGGUGGAUGUUCAGCUUUUAUUUUGGCUUAGAUUGACG